AUGGAAGGUGAAAAAAACACUUUAGUGAGCAACUCUUCUGAAUUAGAGGUCGCGAAAAAUUCGGUGAAUUCGAAUAUUAGCAUUCUCGUUGUAGACGAUGAUACGACUUGCCUCGCCAUUGUUGCUGCUAUACUCAAGAAGUUCAAAUAUCAAGUGAUGUCAGCUGAUGAAAAAGAGUGCGUAGCCCUAAAAGGGUUGGAGAAUGGUGCUGCAUUUUUCAUACUGAAACCAGUUUCACCAGAUGACGUCAAGGAUUUAUGGCAAUUUGCAGCCAUGAAAAAGAAAACUCCUGCCGCAGCUAGUACUGGCGGCGCCGGUGGUGGUUCUGAUCGUCCUGAUACUGGUACUGGUGCCGGUGCCGGUGCUGGUGCUGGUGCAUCGUCGUCUGGGAAAGAAGAAUCUUCGAAGAAUAAAAAGGAAUCUAAGAGAAAAUCACCACAAAAAUCCGAUGGAAACUCCGAUGAGCGGAAAGGAGAAACUUCUCAAUCGGGUUCGCAGAAAAAGCCGAAAGUUGUUUGGACUAAUUCACUGCACAACUGUUUCUUGGAGGCUAUUAGGAGCAUCGGCCUUGAUAGGGCUGUGCCAAAAAAGAUUCUGGAGGUGAUGAAUGUUCCUGGAUUAACCAGAGAAAAUGUAGCAAGUCAUUUACAGAAAUACAGGAUUUUCCUAAGGAGAGUAUCUGAUGCAAGCAGCAAAAUCCAAUACACUUCUGAUCAUAAGGGAUUAAGCAGAAGCAUUAUAAGAUCGGGCCUCGGUUUGUCGUCGUUUCGUUCGGGAACAAUCCCACAAACCCUAAUUUCCAACGGCUUCAACAGAUUCCCUUUCCGAAGCCCCGGAAAUUUUCCAGCUACUGGAAUUCACAAUAAUAAUACUAAUAAUCUUUCCUCCUUACUAAACCUCGAAAAGAAUCUUCCACCAAUCACGGCCGUCCAAUCGGGAUUCGGGCAAUCACGACUUCUUUCAAGCAACGAAACUGCGCCAGCGAUCAAGCCAAGCAUCCUCGGCAGUUAUUAUCCGAACAUGAUAAGUGACCGCACUUAUCUCAGACAACAAGACUAUCAAACCGGUCGAAACCCGUUUUUCCAGGCGAACCGCUCUAACAACAUUUCCCUUCAAGAUCUCUCGACUGCCUUGUCAGCAAGUUUCCAUACAACGACAACGACUACUACGACAAUUACUCCAGCUUACGAUAAUGUUGGGACUUCUACGCAGACAAGCAACUACGUGGGCUACAGUAUGUCGAACCUCAAACAAUAUCUCUCCAAGAAACACGAGGGUCCGAGUUCUUGGCUGGCCCCGGUGAAUAACAAUAAUAUCCCCGGCGAUGGAUUACGCCAGCUCAGCAAUGCUGGCAUUGUACGUACUGCAGAAGUGGUUGUACCGCCGAGCGCUGAUCAUCAGAAUGUUGUUGUUGCUAACAAUGUGGAGGGUUCGAAUAACGCUUCGAAUUUUGUGAUGGAGGGAAACGGUACCGGAGAUCAGUUGUUGUCGGAUGUUGUUCGACAAGUGAUGCUGCCUAAUUCUUACAAUAAUAAUGAUAACAACAAUAAUAACAAUAAUCUGCCUUUGGUUUGUGGUGACGUGGAAAAUGGAGGGGGUGUUAAUAAUAAUAAUAAUCAUGAGGCUGCUGAUUUUAGUCCAAUGUUUGAUUUGUCUGAAUUUGAUAUCUUCUCCACUACUCAGUUACUGCAGACGCCGUCGACGGAAUUAGGCGACCAUCAUUUCGAUCAGAAUAUUUUGUCCGGUCAAGGGAAUGCUAGUAGUCAAAAUCAGCCACAGCAAAAUGGAGACGACAUUAUGGCAAGCUCCAAUCUCUACGACGGCACGAUUUCGUGGGACCACAUUGUUGCAUGUCUUGAUCAAACUCCCGACCAGCAGCAUUUUGGGGAAGGUUUAACUAACUCUCUGGGAUUCAACAAUAAAACUCCUUCAUCUCCCACCGAGCACGACGAAGAUGAUUUUCUCGAAUCUUUACUUGCUCCGUUUGCGGACGAUGAUACCGGCCUCGAAGGGAUCUGA